GAGAAAGACACCACGGUCUCCAUCAUGCUCAAGCUCUUCGUCUCCAUCAGCACGGGCGUGUUGCUGGUGGCCAUCUGCCUCUACUACCACACGGGGGCGGAGAUCAAGAUGCUGGACGCCAAAGUCGACGUGGGGGGGGGGGGGGGGGGGGGGGGGGGCAAAGUUCACGCACGUUCAUAAGUUCUUCCUCGGUAUUCUAACGUCACAUUUCGCCGCGUUCACAAUAUUUUCAAAUAAGUAACUGCGAUCAAUGACCUUUUGCAUGUUCUUAAAAGGGACGGGGGAACAAAAUCGCUUAUUAUGCCCCCCCCCCAACCCAAUUUUUAAAGUAGUAAAUGGACAAUGAUAUCCAAAUUUUGGGGUUUACCAAACAACAUAUUUGUAACCUAGGACACGCUUGUCCCUCUCGCUUAGACUUUGAAAAUUGUGUUCAAGUUUUCCACUGUCUCCAAAGACAUGUUGCAAUCGCCGACAGUUCGGGCCGAUUAGUUUAGGAUUGAACUGGAGGGUGAUGUUGUCGAGGCUUCAGUUUCCACCUUGCACAGCUGUAUGAAUUAAAUAUUGCAACCGUCAGAUCAUGUUUCGUGGUUUUAGUCCCACAAAUGCAUCACAAUGUGGACAUUGUGUAGAGCAGUUGAUAAGCAAAGUGACCAUUUACAGAAGUAUCAGUCGAUAGCACAGGUCGGUUUAUUGUAAAGUCCACAUGAACUGCUUGUUUACAAGACGAUGUUUUAAAGGCUUUACACACAUGACACCAUGACAAUUGACACCAUGACACACAUGACACCAUGACGCACAUGACACCAUGACACACAUGACACCAUGACGCACAUGACACACAUGACACACAUGACACACAUGACACACAUGACACAAUGACACAAUGACACAAUGACACACAUGACACCAUGACACAUAUGACAUCAUGACACACUGACACCAUGACGCACAUGACAUCAUGACACACAUGACACACAUGACACCAUGACACUAUGACGCACAAGACGCACAAGACGCACAUGACACCAUGACACACAUGACACCAUGACACACCAUGGUACCAUGACACACCAUGACACACAUGACACUCAGAACCUCAGUUAAUUUCCAGUAAGUUAUAUCGAUGUAUCUUUUGAAGUUCUUUGUAAAAUCUUGACGUUGAACAUAGUUUUUUUAAAGGCAUUUUUUUUUUACAUAUUGUGUGCGUGGUCUACACUGGUUCUUGUAGUGGCUUGAGUAUUAGUUAGAGUAGUGGCUAGAGUAGUGGCUAGAGCAGUGGCUAGAGUAGUGUCUAGAGUAGUGUCUAGAGUAAUGGCUAGAGUAGUGGCUAGAGUAGUAGUUAGAGUAGAGUAGUGGCUAGAGUAGUGACUAGAAUAGUAGUUAGAGUAGAUCAGUGGCUAGAGUAGUGGCUAGAGUAGUAGUUAGAGUACAGUAGUGGCUAGAGUAGUAGUGAGAGUAGAGUAGUGGCAUGACCGACGUUGUAAUUAUAUGUCUCUGUCCAUAACGAGCGAGUACGUCCGGCCCUGACCGGAAUUUAAGAGAAAUGCGGGUUUAACACUUGGCAAAAACUAGGGGGGGGGGGGCCAAAACGCUCACAUUCUUGUCAUUAGUGGAAGUGGAGGAUGGCAUAAUUAUCGUAUUGAUACAAAUUAUACAGUCAUUGUUCAACAACCGAAAUGAGAAAAACAAAUUUGUCUCUGUCCAUAACGAGCGAGUACGUCCGGCCCUGACCGGAAUUUAAGAGAAAUGCGGGUUUAACACUUGGCAAAAACUAGGGGGGGGGGGCCAAAACGCUCACAUUCUUGUCAUUAGUGGUAGUGGAUGAUGGCAUAAUUAUCGUAUUGAUACAAAUUAUACAGUCAUUGUUCAACAAACGAAAUGAGAAAAACAAAUUAACAUUGAAAAACAGCAGAAAAUAUUUAAAGCCUUUUUUUUAAACUCAUGCCUUAAAUCUUUCAGCCGUGACCUCGGCGUCCACCUGGGUAUGUCUGAUUAUUGAACUGUUGGUCUGCGCCGUCCACCCGUUCCCUGGGAACAUCAUGGUGUACAUGUCCACGAUUACAGGUGGUCAGGACCAUGUCCACAUCGACGGCAUCUUGUCCGUGCUGAUGAUGUUUCGUCUGUACCUGGCAGGUGAGAAACCUAGGCAAUGUCAUUUGUUGUAGCUUUGUUGGUGGUUUUUCGAGGCUUUUACUUUACGCGACAUCUUUAACAAAACAACAAGAUUUUUGUAUGUAUGUCCCCAGCAGCGGAAAUUUUGAGAAUCCCCUUUACUGUAAUUUCAAGUGGAAUCCAUUAAGUUUUCCAGGAGCCAUAUAGUUCUCCUCCAUGAUGACAAACCAUUUUCCCCAUUAUAUUUUAACAUUUUGAUUUGGCACGCUGUUCCUUCUCUAAUAGCUCUGAUUAUAAUCCCAUCAUGUUCCACAGUGCAAUGUUACUCUCAUAAACAACUAAAGCAUAUCUAAAGUAUUUAAAACAUCCCCGUUUACUUGUUGGAGUCUUUCUUGUAUGGGUUUUGAUUCGUGCAAAUCUAAAGACACGGUAUCAGUGAAGGAUUUUGUUCACCUUGUAUUUAUAUACAAUAUUUAUUUUUAUUUGUUGUUGCCUUUUUUUUUUUUUAAUAAAACGUCAACAUUUUCAACUAAUAAAGUAUACUUAUUUUCUAUACUUAAGCGACAUCUUAUGGUGAUGGAUGCAUCAGCGCACUGGCAACCAUUUUCUUCGUUUCUUUACGGGUUUUUUUCCAACUGUUUUUUGUUGUCGAAGGCUUUUUGGCCGAAACGUUCACUUUCGGUUUAUUGUUCUUCCUCAUGUUUUCAUCAAUUCCUUUGUAUAAGUCUUAUCGCUUCAACCUGAACGCAGGCCUCUCCGCAUUUCACUUGACGGUUAAUUAGGCUUCUAUCUUAGGUAGCAUCACUACCCUCAUACAGAAAUGGUAACUUAUUUUAAAAGCUGGCCCCCUUGAUGGCUGGCGCACAACUGAUAGUACACCACUACUGGUACUUAUGUGCUGUUUCUUUUUUUUUCAGGACGUUUUCUGGUUGUCCACUCUUCACUACUCACUGACCAGUCCACGCAGACCAUCUCGGCGGUCAGUCACGUCAAGAUCGACCUCUUCUUCGUCUUCAAGGCCGCGAUGACCGACCACCCCGGCAAGGUCAUAGCCCUCGCGAUGUUCUCGAUGUAUGCCAUGAGCGUCUGGGCCAUGCGCACCUGCGAACUCUACUACACGAGCAUCACCGACUCCCACAGCAUCUACGAGUCCAUGUGGCUGUCCGCCAUCACGUUCCUCACGGUCGGGUACGGGGACAUCACCCCGAAGACCCACUGCGGCAGGUUCGUCGCCGUCAUCACCGCGCUCAUGGGGCUGGGGUCCACGGCCCUGCUGGUCGCGGUGGUGGCGAAAAAAAUGGAACAGACCCGCGCCGAGAGGUACGUGUUCAACUACCUGUCGCUGAUCCACCUCGAGCACAAGAGGAAGAACGCCGCGGCCGACGUCAUCAAGUUCUCGAUCAAGGUCUUCUGCUGGAAAAAGCACUUCGAGCGGGACAAGACGAAGCGGAGCAAAAUGAACAUAACGUACUUCUCGUGGCGCCUCAGCAACGCCAUCCGCGCGAUGCGGUCGACGAGGGUCGCCCGCUGCCGUGUCGAGGAGGCGUCCGUCGGGCUCACCGAGCUGAGCCAGCAGGUCAGCCAGACGCAGUCGCUCAUCGCCAUGCUGGCCACGUCUCAGGGUCAGAUCCUGGACAAGCUGACCGACCUGCAGGAGCGGGUCAAGUACAAGGAGGACGAUGACGUCUACAGCAACGACGAAGCUGUGGAGAAGGAGGACAGGGAGACCCCGGUGAAUGAGGAUGUGGCUGACAGCCAAGCCAGUGAAGGCUGGUUGGGGACUUCGUACCUGAAACGACUUUACCGAGGGGAUAAUGACUAGUGAAAGAGCAAGAACAUCUACGGAGAGUUAUAAAUAGAAUACGGGAAUACCCAAUACACCUCAUGAACAUUACAAUUAUGGUGAAAACAGAGGUUUCAAAGUUCAGAAAGUGGGAACAGGGGUUGCAAAGUUCAGACAGUGAGAAAAGAGGUUUCAAAGUUCCUACAUUGUGUUUGGUUUAUUUAUCUGCAGGUUGGAAUAUUUUUUUUUAAAAUACAAGUAAUCCAACAGUAGCUUAGCCUCCUGUGUAAGAAAACAUUAUGACGUAGUUAACUGUUAGUAGAUCCAAUAUCGUGGAGAUCAGCGUUCCCCAAAUGGUGGCAUGCGGGCAAGCACCUGUCCGAGAGCCUUACAUUGCCGGUCCGCACAAUAUGAACGAUAUGUUCAAAUAAAGAGAUAUUAUAAUAUAUAAAACUGGUAGCGGUCCUUGUUGCAAUUUCAAGAACCGGUCCACCGGUCCGUCAAACUUAAAAGCUUGUGAAACGCUUAUAUAUAGAUCAUAUGCCAUGUGGAAUUUCCUCUAACCAGACAAUGUGGAUGAAAAUAUCAUAGUUAGAAAUUGAUUCCCUUUUAUAGAUAUAACAAUCUUCAGGUCAUUAGCGUGGAAUUACAUUGUACGGCAAAUAUUUACCCACACCGCUCAAAGUAUCAGUGACAAAACUACUUUGUGGAAGGAAAAAUAUAUUUUUUGAAGAAGAAAAAAUUAUUUUUUUUUUAAUGUUUUGUGUAAUGAUCAACAAUUUACGCCCACGUUAAUGAGUAUAUACGACUUCGGCGUCUGUGUUUCAAACGUACCAUUUAAUAAGUAAAGGCAUUAGCCAAUGUGGCAACAGCGAUCUCAGACUCAGACGAGAUUACGUUGACACAUUUCCUGAUCACUUUCAUCAGAGCACUUCUCCACUCUUACUGUGCAUUUCAAUGUGCAUUCAUCCAAUCGUAUCAGCGUCUUUACACAAAGAAAGACCAAUGCUGCCAUUUAUUUAUUUUUUUGAGAGGCUAUUCACCCAGGUUUUUUGGGGGGAAGCGCUGAGAUAUGUAUUAUAAAACAACAUAUAUUCAAUCCAUAAUCAGAUUGGGGUACAGAAUACUGUGAUAUGUUGAUAUGUUGAUAUGUUGAUACAUCUUAUUGGUGACUUUUGUAGUUUUUGCUUGAUUGUUUUAUUUUGUAAAUAAACCUGUAUCAUUAAUCGAGGCCACAAAGCAAGGAACUCUCCUACCGAAAGUGUAUAGAUUUUAAACUGUAUAAAUAUUUAUUUUAUUCUGUACGCUGUCGAUACUAUACGUAUGUUUCUAUUCCCUAGAACAUCUGUGUGUGUGUGUGGGGGGGGGGGCGCCUUGGAUAACCGCCAACAUAUCUAGAGAAAUAUGAUGAUUAAAAAUGCCUUAUAUACUUCAAACCUGGCAGAACUUGAUUUAUUUCAGUUUUUGUUUGUAUUUUAUAUGUCUACCAUGUCUUUAUUGUUUCCUUGUUUGGUAGUUUCUGUUAUCUCUUACACCCCUCUCGUCUUUCUUGCACCCUUCCCCUCUUCAUUGCAACCCUCUCCCCUUUCUUGCAACCAUCUUCCCAUUUCUUGCAACCCUCUUCCCUUUUCUUUCACUUUCUCCCCUUCUUGCACCCCUCUCCUCUUUCUAGCAACUCUCUUCCCUUUCUUGCACCUGUCUUCACUUUCUACCAACCCUCUUCCCUUCUUGCACCCCGCUCCCCUUUUCUUUCACUUUCUCCCCUUUCUUUCAACCCUCUCUCCCGUGUUGCCUCCCUUACAUUUCUUUUCGUUACUAUUUAGAUUCGCCUUUUAUGCAGAUGACUAACAUAACAAUCCCAUACAGAAAACUCCAUGCUUGAUUUAUUUGCUGUUAUGUUAAGUUUUACUAUUGUAAACAUUCCAUGUUUUAAUUGAAUUUGAUGCCAGA